AUGUCAUGGCCGUUCUUCCAACAGCGUCGUUGCUCCAUCGACUCUUCACAUGACGGUGCAGGAGCACGACUCGGCGCAGCCGCAGCAGUCGCACGAUUCUCCGCAGCCCAUGGGCUUGGGCUUUACGAUGGUGGAGAUGGAGGAGACGGUGCUGGCGGGCAUGUUUGCGGGGCGGUUGUUGAUUUGUUGAGAGUCUGA